AUUUUUCCUACUCACAUCAAUAUAUUUACUUUCUUGCCCCUCAAGUAAGUUCAGUCGGCUCAGACAAGGUUUUGCUGGAGUUGAAUGUUAUCUAGACCGAAAUAUUAUUAUAUGUAUAUAGAAUUUUGAUAUAUAUUAUAUUUCAAAUAGCCGAAUUCCUCUUUUACUUUUCCUAUUUGAUAACUACAAAACCGAAUUCCUUUUACUUUUUCCUAUUGGAUAACUACAAUCACGUAAAAACUUUUGACCAGAUAACAGUUUCAGUGCUCUCACCUAGCAUCUCUCUCUUCGACACUCUCAUAGGCACUCUUAUCAUCGUCUUCCAAUGGAUUCUUACACUCUGUUUUUCACGGCUUCACUCAUCGGAGUCGGACUCUACUGGUUCCUAUUCGUCCUCGGCUCAGCCGAACAGAAAGGGAAGCACGCCGUGCAUCUCUCGAGCGGCUCCAUCUCGGCUGAAAAAGUCCUCGACAAUUACAACCAGUACUCCUCCUUCUUCCGCCGUCCCAAGGAGAUCCUCGAAACAGCCGAAGACAAAGUCCCCGCCUUCGUCGACACCUUCUACAACCUAGUCACCGAUAUUUAUGAAUGGGGCUGGGGCCAAUCCUUUCACUUCUCCCCCUCUAUCCCCGGCAAAUCGCACCGCGAAGCCACCCGCCUCCACGAAGAGAUGGUCGUCGAUCUUCUGGGAUCCAAACCAGGGGAUCGAGUCCUCGAUGCCGGUUGCGGUGUCGGUGGGCCAAUGCGGGCCAUCGCGGCCCACUCCGGCGCGAAUGUGGUCGGUAUCACUAUCAACGAGUAUCAAGUAAAAAGGGCUCGAAUCCACAACAAGAAAGCCGGUCUCGAUGGCCUCUGCCAGGUCAUCACAGGGAACUUUCUGAGCAUGCCGUUCGACAACGACAGCUUCGACGCGGCGUAUUCGAUAGAGGCCACUUGCCACGCUCCUAAGCUGGAGGAGGUAUAUGCUGAAAUCUUUAGGGUUUUGGAGCCUGGAGGGAUGUACGUGUCGUACGAAUGGGUUACGACGGAGUUGUAUGACAAUGGAGAUGCGGAUCAUGUAGAGAUCGUACAGGGAAUAGAGAGAGGAGAUGCAUUGCCUGGCCUCAGAAGCUACCGAGACAUCGCGGAGAUCGCGAGGAAAGUUGGGUUCGAGGUGGUGAAGGAGAAGGACUUGGCAAAGCCUCCGGCGAAGCCCUGGUGGUCGAGGUUGAAGAUGGGGAAGGUGGCAUAUUGGAGGAACCACAUUUUGGUAAGUGUAUUGUCUUGGAUUGGAAUUGCACCGCAAGGAACAGUGGAUGUGCAUGAAAUGCUAUGCAAGACUGCUGUAUAUCUGACUGAAGGUGGAGAGACUGAGAUUUUCACUCCCAUGUAUAUGAUUCUUUGCAGAAAACCUGAGUCCGUGAAAUCUUCUUAGAUCGCGUGUUGAUUUUUUUUUUUUUUUCUUUUUUUGUCUGAUUUAUUCUAUGUGGGUUUUUGAGUUCGGUGUUUGUUUUGUUUAGGUUUUCUUAAAUUCAUGGAUUUUUUCAUUGAGAUAUAUAUAAAUAUUUAUUUGUGGUUCUUUCACUUGGCUUUUGAA